AUGAAGCUCUGGGGCCGCUGGGGCAGCCGCCAGUUCUGCCACGGCCACGCCAGUGGAUUCGCUCUCAAGAUGGAGCCUGACCAGUUUGGAAGAGAUGACACUGCUCUGAAUGGCAUACGCCUGCACUGUCAGGAUGACUCAAUAACCAUUGAGUCCCUGGUUGGGGAAUGGGGCUCCUGGACCAGCUUCCAAGUUUGCCCUGGAGGCUACUUGAUCUCCUUUUCACUGAGAACAGAGGAGUCCCAGGGAGUAGGUGAUGACACAGCAGCCAACAACAUCCAGUUCAGAUGCUCAGAUGAAGCUGUGCUGGCGGGUGAUGGGCUGUCAUGGGGCACCUUUGGCCCGUGGACCAACAGCUGCAAGAUAUGUGGUCUCCAGACCAAGGUAGAGCCCCCACAGGGACUUCAGGAUGACACAGCACUCAACAAUGUGAAGUUUUGCUGCAAAUGA